AUGAACUUUGGGACAGUUGUCAUUACUGCUGGUCUGUGCGGGUUGCUCAGUUUUAUUCUCCUUGCUGUGUCGAUCGGGACUGAAUAUUGGUACAUUAUAGAUGUUGAUGAAGAAAAGAACUCCAGUCUGGAAUACAGCAGCUCUCACUCCGGACUCUGGAGGAUAUAUGAAGGACCAAAUGGCAGUUUUCAUGACAUCUCUUUCUACUCGGACACCUCCAACCACACUGAGCAGGAGAAGCAUCUUUUAAAUUUGCACAGGGUCAUAGUCAUCCUGUUGCCCCUCAGUCUGGUGCUGCUGGUGUUUGGGGGAAUCUUCGGUCUGGUGGCAUCUUUGGCUCAGAGCUGCACUCUCCUCUCCUGCAUCGCCGCAUACUUCCUGAUCUGCAGUGUGUUGACGGUGUCUGGUGUGAGUAUUUAUAUCAGUUACUCUCAGCAGGCUUUGGAAGAACUGCAGCACAUGCUGCUCACGGGGAUCCUGCUCAUGCUAGCAGCCAAUCUCACCCAGCGUCAGUGCCAGCAUGAGCCUGCUGCAGUGUUUUCCAUGAGCUAGAGUUCAGCAUUCAUUUUCACACUGCAAUGAUUCAUGUGCAUUUUAUCCAC